AUGGGCUACCCGUGCCAAGUCUUCCACGCCUCUGAGCUUCCCGAGCGUGUCCAGACAGACCUCAAGGGCCGCAAGCGCAAGCUGGAGAGCGGCGUGCGCAACGUCGACCUCACUGGAUGCGAGCUCCUCGAGAUGCUGCAGUACAAGUGCGAGAUCAAGGAGCCCGUCAAGUGGGAUAGCCCUGUGCAGUGCUAUGCCGUCGAUCGACUAUUCCGGAAAUGCAAGGAUAGAAAGGGCACGUUCAUGGUUGAGACGACAGCUUGGGAGGGGAGAGAUUAUCCAGAGGCCGGCAGCGCCGGCCAGAAAAAUGACGACAAGAAGGAUGGCAAGGACAAGACGCCUCCGCAACAUUACCAAUGGUCGUCGAGUUGGCAUUCGCCCGACUCAGCUCGGUAG